AGGGAUCAGUGAGCAUUUCGAUCUGCGGUGCUUUUUGCCCACUUUUUUGUUACUCUGUGGAAUAUGCUUCUAUGCGAAAGAUCACAUGCAUUCAACCUGGAUUAUGGCAGAGGCGGGCUCUUCGUCGCCGCGAGAAUUUUCAAUUUUUGAUUAUCGAGACAACUCCUGCUUGAGUUGAAGUGGUGGAUAAAACUGUUCCGCAUGGAGUUCGCCGAUGUGGGACUGAUGUUUCUUCCGGAUAAAAUUCAGAAGAAGCGCCUGGACGUGUUGAAAUCCUGUGCCAGGAAGAAUGGAUUCAAUGUUCUUGAGAAACCGGCGCGGUGCUUAACCCACGUAGUUACCGAGAUGGACUCCCUCUCUUUAGUGGAAAAGCACUUGAAGCACAAGUUUAAGCCAAGUGAAGUGCAGCGAGCGCUGGCAUGUUCAGUACAGAUCGUGGAUAUGGAUUGGUUUCACAAGUGCGUCCGCGAGAAACGGUUAAUUAAUGAAUCAGCGCAUCGGAUUCCCGAUGACAGAGCCACGGAAGAUGUGCCUUCUGCAACGGUAGAGAAGAGCGAGUUUGACCUGGAUUACUUCAAUGCCAAUCCAUGUGAACGGAUAGCGCCACUUGACGGCACGAAUGAACACUUGGCAGUCAAGCUGGUCGAACUAUCUCUUUACUGGCAACUCGUUGGAAACGUCUUCGGCGAUCAGGCGAAAUCUUUGGCAUUCCGAAAAGCUGCCUCUGCCUUACGUUGUUUGCCGUUCGCUGUGACUCACCCAAAGCAAGUAAACGCUUAUAGUAAUUGGUAUCGCGCGGAGUUGCGGAACGUAAAAGACAUCGGUGAACAUGCGACGAAAAUUCUGACGGAUUUGCUCCUCCGUGGCUCGUCAGAAGAGCUUGAACAGAAGCUUGCAAGCGAAGAAUUUCUCACCGUGCAGAAAUUUUCUGCGGUGUUCGGAAUCGGUGCAGUCAAUGCAAGGAAGAUAUACAGUCGUGGCUGUUCGUCUAUUACCGACCUGAUCGACAGAGUCUCUGAUUUCGGUUUUUCGAAUGAUAACCGCGUGAAACAUGGACUGGCGUUUUACGAGGAUCUCAGCACUCCCACAACCCGACCUGCCGCGGAUGCUGUGCGUGAAUUUUCGCUGAAGAUCCUCAAAGAAGUUGAAAUAACAUUAAGACCAUCGAUGGUGGAAUCCGGGAUUGUGCUGGAACUAGUAGGAGGUUUCAGGCGAGGGAAACCCUCCGGACACGACGUAGAUUUUUUGCUCGGCCACAAGCAAGGCCUGGAAUCCGAACUACUGCGUCCCUUUAUCGAGCGAUUGAAGACAAUGGGAUUGAUGCUCUUCGGGCGGAUUGAAGGCUCAGAAUUCACAUCCCGCGAUCGGGGAAGCAAUUUUCAGUCCAGUGGAGCAACGAUGGACGGCUACGAAAAGUGUUUGGGAAUUUUAAAAGUUCCGAAAGACGGCUAUUCCUGGGAUGACCUGCGAAACGAAGCUCCUACUGGUGGGAAAGGUGACCUGAAGUCGUUGAUUGCAAUGUCUGAUAAUCGAGACCGACGUUGGACUGCUAUGAGGGUCGAUUAUGUGGUGGUUUCACAAGUGGAAUGGUGGUAUGGAGUGCUUGGUUGGACAGGAAACACUCAGCUCUCUCGUAUGCUGCGAAUUCAUUGCAAAAAGCAACUGAAUCUAUCAUUGAACAAUCAUGGUCUCUGGAACCCGCAAGAUAAUUCUUCUGCAUUUGACGAAAACUUUCUUGGUCCGUAUCUAAUUGCACUUCAAGGAGAAUCCAAGAGGUGGAAUGCUCAUGACGCUGAAGUCUUGAGGACAUGGAACGAGUUGCUGUCUAUGGUCACGGAAUACUCCUCCGUGCCUUUCAACAAAGGGACUGCUAAUAGCAUCAGCACGUUCCCUCUAUUCUGGGGACAUUUUUUGCCUGCUGUUCUACCGUGUUUUAAAGCUGUGUCAAGCAAAGCUAAUUGUGAUGAUCCCGUAUUGCCUGUGAAAGUUUACGAUAGCCUGAUUUCCCUGAUCAGCGCCUUCAUUGACAAAUUGGAAUGCUCUUCUUUCGAGCCGAAAGACUUCUCUGCCGAUCACUGUCAAACAGUGACUCAAGUGGUGAACGGGUUGCUAGAAUUGCCGAUAUUGCUGAAGAACGAAGUGCGCCUCACGGGAUUUUUGUGGCGAACAUUCGGCCGCAAAGUUUUGCCCCUCAUCAAGAAACGUUGUCCCGAAGUCAAAGCUGCGGAUCUUGCUUGUGCUGUCUCACAUCUUUGCGCGUCCAUUUCUCAGUACCUUGGGGAUUGUGAAACCGCUCUGAAAUCUGGCUCCGAAGCUGCUGAUGCCAGGUUGGCGAGGAACUUCAAAUUGAUCGCGUUGUUCCUGAAAGUCUUGGUGAACCUUCUGGAAGACAACUCGGACGGAUUUCUGAAAUUGCGGAUCGAAGAUGUGGAUGCACUGGUUUCGGUGUCUAACACCGUUAUUGGAUGUCAGUUGCUUUCGCAGUUCUCUGAGCGGAACAAUGCGGAAAUCAACGAACGGCUAGUGAAUCAUGGAGUCCCAGAUGCUGUUCGUGACAUACUGAGCCAUGCCGUGAAAUAUGAGAGGGUUUCUGAAUACUUGAGAAAUAUUAUCAACGGUGGAGACUGCGGGACUUUGCAGGAAUCUGUUUUUCCUGACCUGGCAAAGUAUUCAGAAACGUGGUUCAUCGUAAUGUGUCUGGAUUUAUUACUGUCGAAUGAAUCACAUUGUCUUGAGGAUAGAACGUCGAAGGGUUCAUUCUUCUCCGGGUUGUUUCAUCUGGCAUUGAACGGACUGACUGCUCUGCCGUCCGAUGACUUGCCUCUGUUGAAAUCGCACUUACAACUGCUGUUCGUGAGAUUCUGUAUGUCUUCCGGUUCGAAGAACUACGAACAGAAUUAUUUUCCAUUAUUGUGGAAAUCGAUGAUGAAUGGAAGUUCGAGCGAAGCCGUUUUUGCUGCAUCCGUGCUUUCGGGCGUGAGCUGUCUACCUGGAAAUUCGAGAUUGGUUGUGCAAACCGUCCGAGUUGUGCUGAAUUCCUUACACACAGUCUGCGGAACAAACGGGAAUCUUUUUGUUUGCCGUUGGCUGCUCGAAGAUUUGAUUCAGUGUCUGGAAAUUGACGAUGUUGUGGUCGUUUUUGAUGAUUUAAGAGAGGGCAGUGUCUCGGUCGACUUACUUGCUUUUGUUGCAUGUGCUGGUUGUCACUUGCCGUGGACGUUGUUGGAGUCAGUUGUGGAUGAUGUGUUCAAAUCCGCAACAAGUUUCCGUGAUUCACAUUUCCCUUGGGCGGUACUGAGUUUGGCUGUGAUUUCCCGCUUGUCUUCCGAACACGAAAUUGGCGCACAUUUUGCGGGAAAAAUUCGAAAGUUGGUAUUCUGCUUAUUGAAGCUAAUGCGGGAUGAAUGCCUUUGGAGCUCGCCUUUUGACCUAGAUGCCGUUUGUUCAUUGAUCGCAUCCGCGAGCCAUUUCUUGUCAAAUGAAGCUUUGUUGGUGGCAUUUGCCAACCUCGGUGUAACCCUACAAGGAAGGUCAAACGAAAGUUCCGGAUAUCCAUCGUGGUUGAUUGCGAGUCUCACAGCGGGUACCCUUUUGUCCAUUGACCAGGUUCGAUUCAAAGAUCUCAUGUCAGUUCCUGUUGUGGAAGAAGUCGUCAUUCACGGAUUGUUGAAUGCCUGUUCCGCUGGACUGUGGACUGGCUGGCUCUUGUGCUCGAAAUUGGACGAUUUUCCGCGCAUAUUACUAUCUUGCCAACUAGAUGACGACGCCUCGAGGCGAAUCGCGAUCCUGAAGUCUGGAGCGAGCGGUUAUGACACCUGGAUAAUGUUUGCUGAAAGGAGUAAAGUGCUAGCGUUGGCAAAUCAGAACCAGAGCCGUAAUAUUGUAACUUCUUCAGUGAACUCUUCCAAUCAAGAAUCACGCCAGGAAAUGUUGGAAGCCGCUUCGAAUCUGAUGAAAAAUGUUGAAAAGGCUGUUGAUGAAUUAAGCGCCCUUUCCGCUGAGGGUAAAAUGCUAGCAGCCCUGGAGCUCGACAUGUUUUCGCGAAUCGCACGUCUUGAAGAAAAGCUCGGAGUGUUGCGAAGUUGUAGUUGAUUUUGGCCGUGUGAACGUGAUUUCGCCGUUUUUAAGUCCAUUGUGCUGUCGUCAGAUUGAGAUAUAUUUGCAUUUUUUCCACUUUCGUUACCAAGUUGAUGAAAAUCGGAAAUGAUUUUGAA